AUGCGAAAUUUAUUCCAUGUAUUCACAUUCAUUAUCGUGAAAAUAACUAUAUCUUAUUCUUACACAACAGAAAAUAGGAAAAUAUUUGCCAGUGUGUCUUUGGAUUCUAAUGAUUUAUCCAGUAGCUUACCAUUUGUGAGUUUUAAUGGUAGUAAAUUAUAUUUUGCAUAUUAUAACACUAUUAUCGAUGAGUCCUACGGAAAAGAAUCUUCAUAUAGGCUUUUGGAUAAUAUUGCAUCCGGCCUUUCAGUUUUUACACAUCCAACUCCAAACUUUGGAGAAUAUGAAAAGGAUACUAUCGAUAAACAUUUGCUAAGUUCUUCAGGCGGAUGGUGCUAUAUUUUGACCUUAUUUAUAUUCUAUCCAAAGCUCAGAGUAGAUCUCACAGAUCAGAAUCAUUUGUUCAACGAGCUUUACAAUCGCUGUAUGAUUUUAAAUGGAAGUUUUAGUGAUCAUAACUUCAGAGAAUACUCUUCAUCGAUACUAUUUUCUUCAAAUGUGACACUAGAUGAUUUGUAUAUUUUUGAGAAAUUCUCACGCAUGUGCCCUAAACCACUUUAUUUAAGCACCCGAGAUAUUGAACAUUGUUCGAAACACACAUCUAAUAAUGAUAAGAGCAUUAUCGCUGAUUUUUUUCUGCAUAGAGAAUGCUAUAUGAACGAUAUUAUGGAUCUUAAUUUGAUUCCAUACGGGAAGUUGUAUAAGGAUUCAACCAAAUCAAUUAAAUCAUUAAUAGACCCUCUGGCUGUCUUAGAUUUGUACUUGGACAAAUGGAGUUAUGUAUAUAUGCCAAAGCAGAUGGAACUUGAAUUAUCUAUGGAUAAAUUAUCCCUGUUACUGCUUAUGAAGUUGCUCUCUAAUAGUACAACACAAAAACUCAUUAGUAUUAGAAAGUUUUUAUAUUCUACCGACAUUAUCAAUAUGAGAGUAAAUUCUAUAACAGGAGGAAUUAGCCUAAAUUAUGAUUCUGGUUCUACCAAUAUUAAUAAGAGUGACACAGAAUUAGUAUUUGGACUAUCAUUUGAUCUUAAAGGUAAUACUGAAAUGUUGAAAAAUUUUCAUGUUCCUAUAAAUGGAAAAGAUAUGAAUCAACUAUAUAAAACUCUCAGAACAAGUCAUGAAAAAGAAUACGUCUAUGAUUUGAAUUACCAGGACAUCUCCGGACAGGGCCAACACAGAUGGAUAACAAUUUCAAUUUCACUGGAUAGGGAACUACUGGGGCUAUACUCACCAAAACAUGGAAAGUAUUACAUAAAGCUGGUACACAUGUUAGAUCAUAGCAUUUAUUUGGAUAAUGAUGAGCUGGAUACUAUGUAUACUAGAGUGGAGGAUGAAAAGGAUAUUUUUAUAUUAGAACCAUCAUAUGCCUCUAUAAAUGAAGAUAGAAGUGCAGAUAUAAAUUUAAAAGUGUUAAAAACACCGUUUAUAAAUAUAGAAGAGCCUGAAAUAAACUCAUCACCAAUAAUAUACAAUGCUUAUGCCAUAUUAGAGGAAUCACUAUUGACCUAUUCACCACUAAGAAUUUCGUAUAAGCUACCCAUUCAUAGCAGAUACAUGAAUAUGAACAAGUCUCUAACAAAAGAGAUAAUGAAGAUUGACAAACUUGGACUGUUAGAUGGUAAAAAACAGCUAAAACAUGGUUUAUCCCUAACUUCAGAACCAAAAUUAUACAUUUACACUGAGAACAUGCCAGAGAGUGAAGUAUUAGAAAAAUAUGCUGAAGAGUAUUUGAUAUUCUUGAGAAGUAUAUCUUUUGCUACCUUCGUAUCUAACAAUAGCAACAGAUCUAAGUCAAACGGUAUUUGGCAACGCCUAUAUUUUGGAAGCUCUAAUGAUAUCAAUAAACCUAUCGAUCUAUGCAAAGGUGAAAGGACAGGUAUCGCAUACGUUUCUAGGAAAUUUAGCACCGAGUCAUGCAAUCCCAUAAUUCAUGAAAUGAGGAGGAAUGUCAUUGAUUCAGAAUGUUACUUGGCAUUUUCCGUACCAAUUGGGGCUCAAGACGACAUUAAAUUGAUAAAUAACGUUACAGUUGGAAUAAUCACAUUAUCCUGUUUGUUGUCAUUGUUCUUCGUAUGUGACUAUCUUCGCGAUGUAGCAUAUAAACCCAAUCCACGGAAACAAUUCUAG